AUGUCACAUAUGCACACUACAUUCGGUUACUGGGAGACCCUUUGCACGACCAAUCCCGGCGUCGAAAAGCCUGUAUUCAACGAAACCAGAUGCGAUAUCAUGGCAAAAAACAUGCCUAGAUGCAUGAAAGUUGCUGAGGUUUGCCGUCGCAAUCCGGAUCCAGCAAUAUGUCUCUCUGCACAGUCCGUCUGCGAUGAAGGUAUCACCGGACUGUACAAUAAAGAAUCCGAUGUUAAAGGUGGUCGUAAUAGAUUUGACAUUACUACCCCUUGUCAAGCGGACGAUAUAUGUUAUGUUCAAGGUCUUCACCUCCAGAAUUAUUUAAACACAAAGCUUGUUUGGAAUGCUCUUUCCCCUCCAAAGGAAGUCAAAGAGUACAAAUUUGCUUCCAAAAAUGUUGAGGAUGCCUUUGGCCUAACAUCGGACUCUAUGGUACCGUCAACUGAAGAAGUGGAGUUUCUCCUUGCAAAUCAAAUACACAUCAUGAACUAUCAAGGUAAUCUAGACCUUGCGUGCAAUACUGCAGGAAACUUGAAAUGGAUGCACGAUAUUCCUUGGCAAGGUCAAGCCGAGCUGUCUUCUAAACCUCUGGUCCCAUGGAAAUCGGUCCUUGCGUCUACGGGGAGGAAUGAGACCGUAGGGAGAAUGAAAGAAGUCAAGAUUCGUGUCACAGAUAGUGCAACCUUUGCUACUAGAUAUGCUUUUGUAACGGUGGAUAAUGCUGGCCACAUGGUUCCACAAGAUCGGCCUGACGUAGCCUUUGAUUUGAUGAACCGUUGGAUUUCUGGCGAAGCCUUUGUAUAA